AUCAUCUGAGAGGUUUAUGAUUUUCCUUCAAUUCAUCCUUCUUUGCGUUCUUUCUCUUAGCUCUCUUUUCUUAGGAUUGCAAAUUUUCCCAGAAACUUCAUCCUGUCCUCCAACAUUAUCCCUCAAGAUCCCCAAAUUCUUGCUGCAAAUACUGUUUUCAUUUGAUAUUCUCCUCUCCUUUAUCUGUACCCUCUCCUAGGGAAAGAGGACCCUGUAAUUCUCUUAGAAACCCACCCUCUAAUUUUUCCAUCACCUUUUCUUUUUUCACUUCCUCACGAAAAUGCAGUUUCAUUAUUCCUGAAUCAUCACUCACUGAUUAAUGGGUUUUGCUUAGAUUUUUCAGCGGCCUCUUGCUUGCUUUUACUUGUUAGAUGCUACUAGGUUUAUAUUGCAAAGGGUCUUUUUCAUAUUUUGUCGAUUGAAGAGCUUGAUUGUUCUGUGACAUUUUUGACAAAAUUGAGGGAUCUGAAAGUUGCUGUGUUUUUUGACAAGGGAACUGUUUUUUGGGUCGCUGUGGUUGGUGAACUUAAUUGUAAAGGAGAAGGAUAUUAGUAUCUGACUGGUGUAUCGUAGUGUUUAAUCGGGACUGCUAAUCAUGGAUCAUGUUAUUGGUGGCAAGUUUAGGCUUGGACGGAAGAUCGGUAGCGGAUCCUUUGGUGAACUUUAUUUGGGCAUCAACGUGCAAACUGGAGAUGAAGUGGCUAUUAAGUUGGAAUCUGCAAAGACAAAGCACCCUCAGCUUCACUAUGAGUCAAAGCUCUAUAUGCUUCUUCAAGGAGGAACGGGUAUUCCUCAUCUGAAAUGGUUUGGAGUCGAGGGUGAUCACAAUGUCAUGGUCAUUGACCUUCUUGGACCAAGCUUAGAAGACUUGUUUAAUUAUUGCAAUCGGAAGUUUUCCUUGAAAACGGUUUUGAUGCUUGCUGAUCAAUUAAUAAACAGGGUUGAAUAUAUGCACUCUCGUGGUUUUCUUCACCGUGAUAUAAAGCCUGACAACUUUUUAAUGGGGUUAGGGCGUAAAGCAAAUCAGGUCUAUAUCAUUGAUUAUGGCCUUGCAAAAAAGUACAAGGAUCUUCAAACGCACAAGCAUAUACCAUAUAGGGAAAACAAAAAUCUCACAGGCACAGCUCGCUAUGCUAGUGUUAAUACACAUCUUGGAGUUGAGCAAAGCAGAAGGGAUGAUCUGGAAUCACUUGGCUAUGUGCUUAUGUAUUUUCUGAGAGGAAGCCUUCCCUGGCAGGGCUUGAAAGCUGGUACCAAAAAGCAGAAAUAUGACAAGAUCAGUGAAAAGAAGAUGCUUACUCCAGUAGAGAUCCUUUGCAAAAACUAUCCUUCAGAGUUCACAUCAUACUUCCAUUAUUGCCGAUCACUGCGAUUUGACGAUGCACCAGAUUACUCAUAUCUGAAGAGGCUCUUCAGGGACUUGUUUAUUCGAGAAGGGUAUCAGUUUGACUAUGUCUUUGACUGGACUAUAUUGAAGUAUCCUCAGAUUGGCUCCAGUUCUAGAGCAAGGCCAAGCAGCAAAGCAGCCAUAAAUCCAGGUCCAUCAGCAGAAAGAGUAGAACGACCAUCAGUGGGCCAAGAGAUCCGAGAUAGGUUCUCAGGUGCAGUUGAGGCAUUUGCCCGAAGAAAUGGUUCUGGACAUGCUUUGCAUGGGGAUCAGUCCCGAUACAGGUCAAUAGAUGAUGUGCCGUCUUCUAAGGAUGUGCAUACUGAUUCUGAAAGGCCUCGAUCAUCAUCUCGAAAUGGCAGUACUUCAAAGAGGGCUGUUGUAUCCAGCAGCCGGCCAAGCUCCUCUGGAGAACCUAGUGAGAAUCGGUCAAGCCGGUUGCUCUCAAGCAGUGGUCGAUUGUCCACAACCCACAGAGUGCAACCUGGGUUUGAGUCCAAAUCAUCUUCAUUUAGUCGUGCUACAGCCACAAGAGGCGGUCGCGAUGAUACGCUUAGGAGCUUUGAGCUCCUGUCCAUUGGCACAGGAAAACGGAAAUAAGGAAUGUAUCCAUCUCUAAGAAGUAAGAAUUGUUACCCUGUGUUAGGGAUCAAACCUCCUCGCGUAGUGAAGAUGUGAGGAGUAUAAUGGUGUGUUAACAGUUACUUUGUAUAUGUGUUCCCAUUGUUGGAAGCAAAAUCAGAACUCCACGAAGUCUCAAAUGGAAAGACCCCUGCAAUUACGAGGCUCACUGAACUCCUCUCGGACCCAGCCAGAUCCAUUACGAAUUAGGGAAUUGUUUAUAUUGGAGACAUUAGUAACUUUGUAAUAAAUCUCACUUCUGUAUUUUUCUUUUUCCCAAGGAAAAGAAAACUUCAACUAAAGCACUAACACGAGAGUCUGGUUUCUUCUGUGUCA